AUGCGCUGGUGGUUUGAACAUAGUGAUGAUGUGAAUUUCUCUGAAGAUCACAUGUAUUCGAAGACCUUAUCUCCUGAGAGUCUACGAAUGACUUUCCUACUUUUGCUUCCAGAGAUUCGGCUGGAACAGGAGGAAGGAGCGCCGUGCACAGCCAUUCGUGAAGUUUCACUUUUGCGGAAUCUCCGGCACGCGAAUGUGGUCACUCUUCAUGACAUUAUCCAUACGGAUCGAUUGCUCACACUAUUAUUCCUAUUCCAACUGCUACGAGGUCUCGCGUACUGCCAUCAGCGCCGAGUACUCCAUCGUGACCUGAAGCCUCAGAAUUUGCUUAUCACAGCGAAAGGCGAGCUGAAGCUGGCCGAUUUCGGCCUCGCGCGGGCGAAAUCUGUCCCUACCAAAACCUAUUCAAAUGAGGUGGUCACGUUGUGGUACCGACCACCAGAUGUACUUUUAGGAUCAACUGACUACUCGACUCAUAUCGAUAUGUGGGGAGUUGGAUGUAUUCUCUUCGAGAUGGUGGCUGGUCGUGCAUUGUUUCCAGGAUCAACGACUGACGAACAACUCGGCCUGAUAUUUCGUACGUUGGGCUCUCCAAGGAGUGAUCGUCAUCCAACGAUAUGCGCGCGACCCGCAUAUGCUCCGUUCGCCCAGAAGGUUUAUAAUCCUGAACCUUUGAUUCGACAAAUCCCACGACUAGAUGCUAACGGCUAUGAUCUUCUCUUAAAAUUUCUGCAGUAUGAAGGCCGUGAUCGAAUAUCAGCUCAGGAAUCUAUGCGUCACAGCUUUCUCAUGGUUCUGCCCUCCAAGGUGAUGUCGUUGAGUGAAGACGAAUCGGUGAUGGACGUUGAAGGUGUGUCGCUAGAUGUUGCGUACAAGGAUCACAGUCAUCUCAACCAUCUACAGCGAGCGACGAAGGCAUCUCGACGCCAAAGCCUUCUGAUAUGA